UAUUUUUGCAGGACGAAAUAAUAUUGAAAAUAUUACAUGAUUUAGAUAUGAGAUCAUUAUGUCGAAUGAGUAGAGUAAAUAAACGCUUUUAUAAUUUAUCACGGGAUUUUUCCCUUUAUACAAGUUUGAACAUGCGUAAUAUAUACUUUACGUUUUGGCGCUCUAAUCUUUCUAAUUUAUUUGAUUAUUUUACGCCCAGAUGUGAACAUUUGACAUAUUUGGAUCUGUCAUUUUGUUACUUUGAUGUUUGGAAAUUUAUUAUAUUUUUGUCCACUUGUGGUACGCUGUUAAAACGUCUAAUAUUAAGUUCCUGUCAAUCUAUCGAUGACUCUGCUCUACUUGAAAUUUCAAAGAUGUGUCAAAUAUUAGAAGGUAUAAAUAUAUACAACCGUUUUUAAGAAUACGGGUAAAUUGUAUAUUAAUUAAUACAUAUAUAUAUUUUUUAGAUUUGGAUCUAAGUAUGUGUGAUUUCAUAAAUGAUGAAGGAUUUUCCUAUCUUGAAAAGUUAAAGUGUCUGAAGCGUUUACAUCUUGCAAAGAUAAAGAACAUACAAACAGAAACUCUUUGCAGAAUACUGCAGAGAAAUCGACAGAUGCGUGACUUAAGUUUGCAAUUCACAGAGAGAAGUUUAAACUUAGACCAUGUUGCUGUAGUAUUGAAAAAUUCAUGUUUAAAUUUGGAAAAAAUAAAUUUAUAUGCAGCAGGUGGUAAUUUGUCAUCAAAAGGUAUUAAUGCUCUUGCUGAUUGCAAGAAUCUACAGGAAGUAAAUUUUGGGUACAUUAGCACGUACGUAUAUGAUAUUAUAAUUUCUUUAAAACAUAUAUUAUUACUAUAUCCUUGAUUAAAUUAGUAUUAUUUAACUUUUUUGUAUGCAUUUUUAAAUAAAUAUAUUAUUCUUCUCUUUGAAGGAUUGUAAUCAUUUUUGUUUGCAGUUUUAGAGAUAGUAGAACGUACUAUUCUCAGAAUGAUUUAUUGGAACUAUCGAACAGCUUCCGUAGAUUGUUCUCCUCUUGCCGAUGUUUGGAAAAAAUCGACUUGUCUUUCUGUUAUGAUUAUGAGAACUCUCUGAAUUUGGAAAUGUGCGGAAACUUAAAAUACUUAAACUUGAGCAAUGCAGAACUGACACAUAAUACGUGUUUUAAAAUUUUGCAAUGUAAAAAACUGGAAAUAAUCAAUCUUCGCUAUAUAAGGAGUAUUAAUUAUAGCUUAAUUAACCAAUGGAGAGAAAGAUAUCAGAAUGUAAUUUUUAUCUAUAAAUAAUAAAUUUGCAUAAAUGGCAUAAGCUAGUGUCUCAAGAAAUAAUCCCUGAAUGUAUUUAUAUGCAUAAUCCCUUAACCCUAAGAUUCCUCUUUCAAAAAAUUACGAGCUUGCCCUCCUGGGAUAAUGUUACCCCACGUUAUAUAUUUUGUUAAAACUUCUACAAAGAUCAACCAAUUCAAAAAUAUUUUUUAUUAAAACGCCAAACUUCAAGGAAUUGGUCUAUGUGUACAGAAAUGUGAAAAAAAAAUUUUUUUGAAAUAUUAACUUAUAAAGAGAAGUUACACUUGAACGCAAAGUUUUAUCUUAGUUGUUUAUGAUAUGUAGGGUUAUAUAAGCAAGACUAUAAGAGUUGUUUUUUUUAUUUGAGUUACUUGUUCAGUACGUUGUGUGAAUGAGAAAGAUAAAAAAUAUAUUUAAAAUAAAUUCUAAAGUAAGUUUUAAUGACCGUUCUAUGCUUUCUUCAGAAUAUUCGAACGAUACGAUCUCAAACAAGGAUCGCCCUUAAAAAAGUUUUUUUGAGAUCGCAAAUGAGAAUUAAAUUUAAAAUUACAUUGAAAAUUACAUUAAAAACUCAAGUAUGACCUGAGAAAAAACAUUAAUAUAAAUAUAAUCGUGUAUAUAAUUUUAAUGUGUAUAAUGUGUAUAUAAUUGUAAUUUCAUUACUGUUAUUAUGCUAAUAAUUUUAUACAUAUAUGAAUUAACAAAUAUCUUUGCCAUAGAUAUAGCUUCAUCAUUCAAAGAAAGACUUAUAAUUUUCUUAAUUUUUAAUUAAUAAUAAUAUUAACAUUUAUACAUAUAUUAUGUAUAUUAUUUGUUUGUUUAUUAUUAUUUAUUAAUUUUAUUUUUAUUGGUUAUGUAUAUUUUUUUUAUAUUUGCAUAUUUAUUAUUUACAUUACAUAAUAAUUUUAUAAAAUAAAAUUGUAUGUAGGUCUACUGGCUUUACGUAUGUGUGUGUACAUGUGAGUCUGACCUGUGGAAAAUAACGCAAGUGAGUUUUUUGGGGAAAGAGGUUUCAAGAUCUUAAGAUUGAAUGUACCGAUCUUAAUCGAACUAGUCGCAAUCGCAGGCUCACAUCAAUAUUAUAUUAUAUAAUUGUCACUAGAUUUUGAUUAACAUUUUAGUUUCUGAAAUAUUUUAAUUAAUAUUUAAAAGUGAAUUUGACAGUUAAUUUCCAGAUAAAGCUAUUAGCGCCGCGACAUUUGCGCAGUAAAGUUCGCGUCACGCGGCACGAUUUUUUAUGCACUUGGCGUCGCGCUGCUACCACGUCGCUUGAACUGUAGUUAAUUUAAUCUUAACAUAACUAUUACCAGAGUUAGCUUUUUGUUCAUGCAGCUUUUAACAAAAUUAAACAUCGCUAAAUUUAUUUUACAAACCAUUAUAACUUUAACUUAUUAUAAUUCAGUUUAACAAAUAUAUUAGCUUAUUUUUCAACCCUGUAAAUUUGUAUACACAAGUAUUUCGCAAUUAUAUUAUAAAAUAUUCAAUGUUCAGUUUCUAAAUAUUUAAAAAGGAUAUCUGUGUUAGCUCUUGAAAGAGUCGCGUUAUUCUUUUUUCUUUCUUUAGAUACGAGCGCUUUAAUCUUCUUUAAAGUGGAAAAUCCUGAUUCCUCGAGAGUCGGGAGAAAAAGAGGAAAGAAAGGUAUGGAAAGAGAAAGAAAAGGUCAAUUCCCUGGUGGAUACGAGCUACCGGUAUUACGAUAAGUAUCAACUUAUAAGAGAUUCUUACCUGGCACGCUAUUUCCGUCUUUUCCGCGGCGACCCCGUGCUGUGAGAAAUGCACGCAUGCCCCUGCUUUACGUCGAAUACAUUUCUUUUCCCAAAUGACGUGCACAUGUAGAGCGAUCACUCUUACCGUUGUCAGCUCCAUUAGGGCAAAGGGCAACGAGCGCGUUAUCUAUCGGGUGUUUCCAUUAAGCCAUGCCGUAAGUUAUGUGAUUCGCUAUCUCACUGGGGGCUAUCUGCACGGGACCGAAUUCACAAUCAUCCAUUCAGCAGGUAUCGCGGAAUCCGAAAUGAACGGCUCGUGUCGAAAAUCGAAGCUUCAAAUGUACAGUACUCAAUCGUGGUUUUGUUAAAAUACAAAAUUAUAGAUAAUUUGAUAACCGCGAAAAGAUCGGUGUUUACUUUAUCGGCAUUUCUACCGCAUUCAGGAAACAAUUCAAGCGGAAUCGCUGAAGUUAGAUUUAUACACACAAUACGCUUUCAAUCAAUAAACGAUAAUUAUUACAAUUUACAGCUCUUAUAGCAACACGCGCGGUACAGCGAUCAUUGUAAUCGUACAAAGAAUCUACCGCCACAUGUAGUUGAUUAAUGCGAGAGGCGAUAGCGCGGGCGAGAGUAGCCUUUCGUUGUGUGAUGCCUCAAGUUGCAUUCUCGUUUUGUUCGACACGCGCAUAUUCGCGUUGAAACUUACCUACGAUAAUGACGGGGCAAUUGCGCUUCUUGAAUUUCCAAUCGUACAGUUAAUACACGACAAGAUAUCUCUAAGCAAUUUAAUCUGUUUUCAUAUUACACGUGAAAAUUGCACACGCUUACGAUGUUGCACAGAAGUACAUUAACAGCUUUGAUGCUUUCUUUUGAGAUACUACAAGCGAUGUUAAAAUGUUCAUCAGUAUUAAACAAAUUAAAAAUAUUCAUAAAAAAGAAUUAAUUAUAUCAUUGAUAAAAAUUAUUUCUAUUCAUCUAUGGAAUACAGUGUAAUUUUUUCCAUCAAAUACAAAAAAUAAUAAAAAUAGUAACUAAAUUGUAAUUACUUAGAGCUCUUAAUUUUCUGUGUAUUUAUAUUGGAAAUAUUUGGAUAAAUAUAAUAAUCAAAGAUUAUUAUAUGCAAUGCGAAUACAAUUGAUUAUCUAACUUUAGAUAGCAGUUUAUGAUGCGUAAAAAAAAAUGUUAUGUAUAAAUAUUACCUACAUGCGGGAAUUCUAGUCCUCAUUGCGAAAUCCAACUCUCUGAUAAUCAGUUAUAAAAUGGAUAAUACCUGUCUAACUGUGAGCGCGCUUUCCGUUUACAAAUUGCGUAUUAUAAAUUAUAAUUGCAAUUUGUAAUUCAUAACACAAAAAAUAUAAUACGUACUGCAUCUUUAAUAAACAGUAUCUCACGAUGAGAUACGCGCAAUCGCCUGCAUUUUGUAUAUAACAAAACACAACUGUGCACUAUGUUCAAUAUUAAUGAAAAAAAUUGCUUUCUUGUACAUAUCGUAAAAUAUAUUUUAUAUUUUCCAGGUGCUGUCCAAGUUUUGUGAUUUUGAACUUUUGAGCUUGACGAUAUACACUCUGACAAAAAAAAGAUUUCACCUGUCGUCCACACCUAUACGUCAUAAAUAUUAAUAAAUAUCAAUAAAAAUUUUCUACUGUUUAUUAUAAAUAUAUUUUUUAAACAAAGUAUUUAUUUUCUUAUAUUUAAAAGAAAUUCAGAAACCCUUACAUUUUUGCUACAAAACCGAAAUAUAUGGUCCAAAAAUGGAAAAAUCAAGCUGAACAAAGAAUACAAGAGCUAAUUUAUAAUUUGAUAUACUCUGACAUUUAUUAUUUAUCUAUACUGUAUUAAAAUAACCGAAAUAAACAAAAAUAAUAAACAAAAUAAUCUUUAAGCCUCUUACUUCGUACAGAGAAAAUAAUCAUUUUUAUAUCGUUGCGCUUUUCACAACACUGGGAAUUUGAUUCAUCUCACAAUGUAGCUACGUUAAUAUUAGAAAACUAAAAUUGUAGCACAAUACUAGUAUUUUUUAUAAUUAUCUUAUAUGUUUAAUUGUAAUAAGAAAUUAUUAUGCUAUUAUCCGUUUAACGUUUUCAUUUCAACUCGCAAAAAUAUCUAGUUUAAAUCAGAAAUAAAGACAAUCAACUUUUAUUUCAAUCAAGUCAAUUUAUUAAAAUUAGUCGGCAAAGUAAUUCUAUUUCGCCGAUUUCAUAAUUUAAUUAAUUAUUAUCAGAUUGACCAAUGACCGAUGAUGAAGAUAAUUAUUAUUGCAAUUUAGAAAGCAUUUGGAAAGCAUUUGCUUGAAAAUUUUUUCUAAAAUCUUUAAAACAUAUCUUCUCAACGUUAUAUCGUUACCUUACUAUCAGCCAAAUUUUUCACAAUCGUAUUCUGUAUUCGACCAAUUUUUUCUUCAAGUUUAAAAUGUUAAUUCACAGAAAUUCGCGAAUAAUUGCACUCGCAGCAAAGACAAGAUACUGGACGAAACACGUUAGUUGCGUGUUGGUAGUUAAGCAGCGCGAAGCUACCAAAGGAUCGCGGCGUUCCAUGAAAUCCGCGGACGCGUUUAUCUGCGAACAGGCGGCUGAUUUAUUAUAAGUAACGGCGAUAAACGCGAAUAAUCGCGGUCUAAUCAACCAGCAAUUAACCUUGCGUUUCCAAUUAACGGAGUAAGCCACGAUCGUAUUUCUCACCGAGACUUCUGAAUAAUGACGAGGCUGAUUAGCGAGUAAUCUCUGAUUUGUACUCCAAGUUAUGUUACUAUCACUAUCGUUUGAUACACUGAGUUGAUAUUGAUGACAGCUGACAAAAAGUUAAACAGUAUUAACUCAAAUAACAAUUGUUUUUGAGAGAUUUAUAAUGUAGUUCUUCAUUUAAAUGAAAGAUUUCGAUAACGCCAUUGUAGCUUCUGAUGGUGCGUGAGACAUGUCAUUUUUCUUCAUGCAAUCUUUCGUUUUUCAUUAUUACAUGAGUUAAACAAUUCAUAAUUAUUCGUAAUAGUAGAAAAAUAUAAGCUGCAUAUUUAUGAAUUCAAAGAGCAUGUCUUUACGUUGUGAGUUAAUAAAUACGCAGCCUAUAGAAUUAAAAAUAAUAUUGUCUUGUUUUGUGCUGUCGUUUUAAUUUUGACGGACGUAGAAAUUAAAUUUAAUAUAUAUCUUUGAAAGAAAGGAAACAAAUGUUGAAAAUUAAGAAACAAACAAUUUAUGGAUAAAAAUGUUUUGUAUACACAUUUUAAAUCUGAAUUAUUUUACGAAAAGUUGGUCUAUAUUGAGCAAAUUGAUGACGCAAAUGGAACUUAUGCAUUAAAAUAAAAAAAUUCCUGUUAUUAAAAAAAUUAUAUCAGAUCAUGGUUGAUCGAAGCAUAUACAUGCCUCGAUGGAAUAACUCGCGUGGAAAAAGCUCUCGCGGAGCGAGUGAGCCGAGAAAUCUCAGACGGUGUACCGAGAUAGUCCAUAAGUCAGCCUCAAGGCGGUGCGGAUACCCGAAGAUAUCCGUGAGGAACGAUCCGGCGCGCCUUCUUAUCCACGUCCGAUCUGGUCGGACAUUAUAGGCGCGACAAGGUGGAAAGGAGACGCUAACGCUGACCGUCGACGAAGAAGAAAGAGAGAAGGAAAGAGUCAGAGAGAGAGAGAGAAAGAAGCCAAAGACCAGGGAAGGAAACGCAGACACAGAGACGGAAGGGAGGAGAGAAAGGGUAGGUAAAAAAAAAAAGAUUUUAUGAAAAUCGAUCCCGCGCGGUGGAUGUGCCCGUGGUCGCCGCCUCCUGGAACACGGGGUCCCGGUUACCCUCACGUGGGCGUUAUUCGCUCCGCCUCUGAAAGUCACAGUGAUCGGAUCAGAGGAACCGCCUAGUCCGGUCGUUAACGGCGGUCCCGCCCCGGUUAGGUCUGUCCUCGCGCGUGUUCCUUACCCCCUCGCUUCCCCCCUCUCCCCCUCGCGCACCCAUCCCUCCCUGAUGGAGAACCGAGAGGGACUCCACUCGACGGCGUUGCCGUUCACCUCUCGCGCCGCGGCUUCACCUCGUCCUGCGUCACCAACGGGAGAGGUGACUGUCCAGGACAGUUUCAGAGACGCAGUCACCGGCUGCACCACGUCUUGGUAGGCAGUCCAGUGUUACCUCAUAUCAUACAAACGACGCGAGUGCAAAUGCGACAGAUAUCGCGGGUCCCAAAAGAUCAAUCAGAUAUAUGUUUGUGACGGACCGAACUGAUUUGAGAUCGAAUUGAAUCAGACCGACUUCAAAGUUUUAAGUUUCUCGUUCUGGAAGUCAUUACCACUGUCGAAUUAGGAGAAGUGACGAUAUGUCCUGAUAUUGUGAGAAAGGUGUGAGUUCUGUGGUGAGCAUGCUGAUAGACAGUAAAGGGUUCUUUUAUAAUUGACGGGACAUUCGAGUGAAACGACAUAUAGACAUUCUGGAGAUUACAAGAAAGAUACGGAUACCUAAACUGCACUACAUUAAUUAGAAACCAUUAGCGCAAUAUAGUAGCUAUUUGUGAACUGAAUUGGAUUGCCGUUUUGAAGAUGAAAGCAGUUGUAUAAAUUUCAUAAAAACUCCUCAAUUUGGAUCAUCCGUGGUUUCGAGCGAAAAAUUAGCUUGGAAAUAAAAAGAUUCUUGUCUUCAGUCGUACAUCAUAUAUCUUGCAAAAAUAAACCUGUAUAAACUCUCUCGUUUUGACCAAUGUCGAAGGAUGAAUUUCCAACCGGACGGAGCUUUUAGUGGGUUUUUUAUGUGAGUCAGAAACCCGUAGCUACGUAGAAGAACAGAAGCCUUUCCGAGAAGGAAUUUUUCUGCUACUUGUAAUGAUCUCGGAAUUUCUAGGCAGGUAGAAAAUAGUAGUACAGUGUGACUCAGUGUACAUAAUCGCGAUCUCCCUAGGAGUCUGGCGCCUUUUCUUCAGAAAACCAACAAGUCGUAAACAAUUGGGGCGUAACAAUUACUGGAAAGUCGAAACAAUUGAUAGUAUCUGAUGAAGUAUUUCACAAAUGCUUGACCUGACGGAGACCUGUAAAUUAAUUUUCAGGCAAUACAAAAUAAAUUGGUAUAGUUUCUUAGGGACUUCCGAGUUUAGUAAAAAAUUAUCUCCCUACCGAAGACACGACUGAUUAUUUAAUUGAUAAAAAAGAAGAAAAGAGUGAGAAAAGUGGAACGUUGCCAUGCGCAGCUGUUAAUUAGAGACAAAGUGUUGACAAGAAGACUGUAUAAAAUUAUAUGUUUCUGCCGCAAAAAUUUCUCGACUGUACAAAAUUUCGACAGGACGAGGAUGUCAAUCACUGAUUAAUAACACAUGCCACGGUGGUAGCUCUCGAGGAGGAUGUUCCACGGGGGCGGAAGUGGCGGGUACGGCGCAAGCUCCGACUACCAGCAGCAGUCCCAGCAGCACCAGCAGCAGCACGCGCAACAGCUCCAGGCGCCCGUCUACGUUCCGUCGUCCAGACCGGCGAUUCCAUCGGUAACCACGGCGGCGCAGUAUCACUCCUUCCCAACCUCACCCUCGCCCGCAUGGGAGAAGACGGCGGCGUCCUGGCAGCACGGGGUGGAGACGUACGCGGCGCAUCACGCGCUCGCCGGACACACGAGCGGCACCGCGGCGGCGAUGGGCCCGCACGCUGGACCCGGACAUCCGCACGCGGGGCACCCGCACGCGGCGCAUCCUCACUCGACCCUCGCCGCGGCCGCGGCCGCGCCGUUCUACGCGCAGAACGUCGCGAUGAUGUCCUCGUGGCGCGCCUACGACGGCACCGGCUUCCAACGCGCAUCGCCUUAUGACACCGCGAUGGACUUCCAGUUCGGUGAGGGUCGCGAAUGUGUGAAUUGCGGCGCGAUAUCGACGCCGCUCUGGCGAAGAGACGGCACUGGUCAUUACCUUUGUAAUGCAUGCGGACUCUAUCACAAGAUGAACGGCAUGAAUAGGCCGCUCAUCAAACCCUCAAAACGCCUGAUGUCGGAAUUUCAGACCGCGACAAGACGACUCGGGCUGUGCUGCACAAACUGCGGCACUCGCACCACCACCCUGUGGAGGCGUAACAAUGAGGGCGAGCCGGUAUGCAACGCUUGCGGGUUAUACUUUAAAUUGCACGGGGUCAAUAGGCCGCUAGCCAUGCGGAAAGACGGUAUACAGACAAGGAAGAGAAAACCGAAGAAGACUCCAGAGCAGAAUGCUAGAUCGUCCCAGGGGGAUCAUGAGACUACGACCUCUACUACAUCUUCCCCUUCCACAGACUUGAAGAACAAUCAGCAGCAACAGCAACAACAACAGCAGCAGCAGCAGCACCAGAUCGAGGUGCCAAAGUCAUCGGGCUCAUCGACAUCGACCGAUAGACCCGUUUACCUCGGACAUACCUCUCUCCUGGCCACCGGAAAUGUACCUGCUGUGAAAACGGAACCGCGAAGCUGCGACGGCGUCGUUGGUCAGCCGUACUCGUCUUACUAUCAACAUCCCCAUCAACUCGCUGUGACCAGUGAGCAUCAACAACAGAGCUAUUACGGCACCCAGGAGGCCCCCUAUCAUCAUCAACAUCAUGUCACUACAGCAGCGAAACUGCUCGCGUCCUCGUAAUUGUUUAGUAAUUGAACGUCAUUUGCUAGAAUCUUGAAAGUAAGUUCAGACGCGUUGAAAGAUGAAAAAAGACUGUUUUGCAAUAUGGGCUAUUCAAGAAUUCACCGAGAAACUUUACAUGAAAGAUGAUAAAGUUUCUGAUAAUUUUAGAAUCGAAGAUUGUGAUUGGAAUUUGAAUCCGUUUGUAUUUGAAAAAAGAGCAAGAAUUACGAAUUAACAGUUAAGACUCUUCCUCCUUUUGACAAAUGUGUGGAAGGCGAAUCCUUCUGCAACAUGGGACUAGUCAGUGACGUGCAAAUUUUUCAAAUUCAAAGAAAAAAAAUUUCACUCUUUGGUAAUAGCAACUGAAAUAAUAUGAAACCAAGAGAUGAGUACUAUUUCUCGAAAAAGUACUAAGUUUUCGAUUAUCUCAUAUGAAAGUCUAUGCGCGAAUGCUUUAAUGUGUAAUAAAAUGAUUUAGUAGAAGACGAAAUAUCAUCAGUCGUGUUUCAAAAACUUUGAUUUUAAAACGUGUCGUUGGGCAAGUGAGAACUGAGAUCUCUAGUCAAUGACAGGGAUUAUAAAAAAGUUAGGAAAGACGACGCGUAUUGAAAAUCAUUUUGCUAGUUUUAACGGUAGUAAUUGGAAUUGCAUGAGAAAACGGAACGAAACUAUAAAUUGCUAAUUAGACGCAGCACAUUUCCAUAUUUAAUUACGCGCUUUUUGCGUUCGAAUAUCUGUAAAUAGUUGAGUUAUAAUAUAAUAUAAUUAGUGCGAGAGAGAGAAAAAGAAAGAAAGAGAGGCUGUGUGUGUGUUUUCUGGUUUGACAAAAGAGCAAAGUUACUUAAUAGAAAUGACAGAUUUAUUGGCAAGGCUCGUGUGCAACAAAUAAAAAUAUGAUUUCUAUAUUUGAAGAGCAUUAAAAUCAUCGCGCUUAUCACGCUACUUUUUAGUUUUUUAAUCAGGCAGUAAUGUUUCGAUUUUCCGAUUAUAAAAAAAGAAAGACGUCUUUGUUAUUUAAGUGUUAAAAUAAUAUUUUUUAUACCUAUACGCCAAUUAUGCUACGAUUUUUUUGUUACACAACAAAUACUUGCACGCGCAACCAGAGUACUUAAUUGUAAAUAAUCUUUAUAAACUAUUGCAAUAUUAGGAAUAGACUUUUUCGACCUCGAUAAUUUCUUCAUUGCUUUAUCCACUAUUAUAAUACUGGAUUUGGACAUUUACUUGUAAUUCUUUACGAUUGAUUGAAAUGUGUGUUGAAUUUUGCAUAUAAUAUUUUUCUUAAAUGACCAAAAAAGUAUAUUAUUUAUCCGUAAUUGUGAUUGAAGCGAAUAUAGAAGUAUACAUUAAAUUUACAAUUGUAAAAAAUAAGUGCAAAUUCUUAAUUACAGUGGAUGAAGUUGAUUUCUCGAGGCACGAAUACAAUAUUAUCAGAUUUAGCCAUAACCCAUGUGCACGAAUACAAUAAUAAUUCACUUCGAGAGAUAAAUAGACGAAGUCUGACGAGCCAUUCUUAUAAUUUAUUGACUCGAAGCCGCCACCACGGUUUCUUGACGCAUAUGUUUAGUUAAGGUUAAUCAAGAAUAAACCUUUGUGUAUAGUUCCUCUGUAACACUACUUCUGCGAUGCGCAAUAAAUAAUUUUACUCAAUUAAGACAACAGAGAAGUUACGUUUCUUUUGCCAACGUAAAAAAAUGAGAGAUGCUAUUUAAAAAAAUAAUAUGGUAAAAACUUAAUUUAAAAAUGAACAAUGCACUUUCUUUAGUUUAUUAAAAUUUUUAAUAGAGAUAUUAUAAACUAAUUUAGAAUUGCCCGUUAAACUUUUAAAUAUGGAGAAAAUAUAAGUUAUUAUAAUACAACAGGUGAUGUUGGUAUGAAGUAUCCUAUAUGUUAAAACGAUGCGCAUAAUAAUAUCUGUAAUACCUGAUACCUUUUUUAUAAUAUCUUUUUAAUUCUAUUACAGAUAAAAAUAAAAGAAAUUCAAACUUUUCUGUUGAGUAAAAUUCAGAAUUAUUAUUAUAACAACGCGGAAAUAAGAAAUUAAACCGUGAAGUUUUAUUUUGCGUAUUUUUAUGUAUCCUCCAAGCAACCAACAAUAUUGUACAUCAAGAAAAUAAAAUUUGUAAUAAAAAGAUUGCAAUUUUAUUUCCGCAAAAAAAUUACUAGAUUAUUAAAUAUUACUGUGGUUUUAACAAAAUUUGAAAUAAUUGUCAGUCUCCAUUUGUCUUUUCUUUUUGUCUCCGUAUCGUAGGAGUUGAAUACGGCUACCUCGAUUCUGAAAUAAUUUUACUAUCAAAGUGUCACGCUCUAUCGUAAAUAUUAUCCUUUCGCGUUUUGACGUACGAAGUGGCACGUCGGACAAGUCCAACUUACCUCCGUCCGUUUCCACCACCAACGAGUUAAGCUUCCCUCGAAUAGGGGUGCGUUUCACGCCGUGACAGAGUUUGCCUUCGUUCGCGAGCUCGGUCGGACACGAUCACCUUGAUCAUUGCUCGGAUAUCAUUGCGCGACUUCACAAUCAAAUCACGACAACACGAUUUACGUAAUCUUAAACUUGCAGUGAAAAUGGGUAAAUAUCAAACUUAUUCGCGGAUAAAACUAAUAACAUGUACAACAGAAUUGCGUGAACCGGCUAAAAAAUUUUUAAUUUGCUCAUAAAUAAAGUUAAUUCUAAUUAAUAAUUUUUAAAUCUAAUUUUAAUAUUAAAUUUUUAACUGAUAAACGAUAACCGCCUUUCGUAAUAGGAAGAACACUACCCACACCAGUGUCCUGUAAAGUAUGUGGUGAUCGAUCGUAUGGAAAGCACUACGGUGUUUAUUGCUGCGAUGGUUGCUCGUGUUUCUUCAAGAGAUCUGUGCGUCGCGGUGCACUGUUCACUUGCACAAGUUUGUACACUUUUAACAGCGAUAGUAAACAAUAUACAGCAUAUUCCAGAAUCAAUGUUUUAAUAUGAGAAAAGCAACACUCGAUGAUGCUUCGUAAAUGUUUAUAAUAUCAAUAGUCAUAGUAUCAAUAACCGGAUUUAUGAUCCUUUAGAUAGUGAUGGAUCGUGCAUCGUUGACAAAGCCAGACGAAAUUGGUGCCCACAUUGCCGUCUAAAAAAGUGUUUUUCUGUUGGCAUGAAUACAGCAGGUAAAAUAAAAUAUUUGAACAAGUAAUAUUUUUAAAAAGAUAUAUAAUCUUAAUUUAGACAGUCUUAAUUUAUAAAUUAAAUUUUUGUUUUGAAAUUGUUAAGACAAGAUGCUAUAGAUAUUUUAUUAGAUUUACAUAAAGAUCAAGAUUACAUACUAAUUAGUUGCUAAUUGAAAUUGCAAUCCAAACAUUUCUUCCAUAUUCCCUAAAAUUUAAUUUUGAACUUAAGUUUGAUUCUUUAAUCAAAGAAAUCUCUGAUCUUACUACAUUUAUUCUUGUAAAAAAAUAAUUUUUUAUUCUAAAUUUAAAUUAAAUCAAUAUGUUAUCUGUUAACCUCAAUAAAAUCUCCCACAUAAAAUCACCGACGACAAGUAAACAUAGCAAGGUGCUAACAAACUCAACGAGAUACAAACAAUGACGUGUGCUCGACACGUGCCCUUAACGCUAUUCAGAAAAGUUAAUUGACAGCGGAAUUGUAAUCUGGACAGUUCAUGUUAAUCUAACGUUGGAUUUUUAUAUGUUUUUAUUUUAUAAAAUCUAUUUUAAUUCAACAAUAUUAAGCACAAAAAAUAAUAAUAAACAUUUAAUAAUUCCACAAAUAAAAAAAUUAAAAAUUUUUGGAGAAACUAGGAAAGCCUGAAUCUUUUUAAAAAAACACAAUCGCAAACUGUGAUAGCCAUCUUUCAUGAAUCUUGUAAAUAAUUUAGUAGUAGCUAUUGCCAAUAGCAUGUCACGUGAAACGACAUCGAGUGUCAACUCCAGUCGUCCGCUCUUAAAUACACAAAGCUUACCGUGCGAUCGCAGAAAUAAAGCUGCCCUACCUAGAAUUGUUUAACUACAUCAUUGUUACCCACACUUCCAUACCGAUUAUGAUAAAAAUGCAGAUGUAAAGUGUAAAAUCAUGUAACAAACUAAAAAAUAUAUAAGUUUCUCGAAAUCUUUCGAUUUUAUAAAAGAAUAUAACUCUUGAAAUUAAUCUAAACAGAGCAUAUUCAAAAAAUUCACGUUUAAUGAAUAUUUAAUUGCUAUCCGAAGAAUACCUGUUAUCUGCAAAGAAUAUUUACUUUACUUUUGCUCCAAA